AUGGCGCAGAUCCAGACCCAGACCCAGCUCAGCAGGUUCACAGACUGGGGAUCGCAACCGUCCAGUACCACCUUCUGGGACAAGCUGAGUGCCGACGAACGAACAGCAUCCAUUGAUGCCACGUACAGCCGCAAAUUUAAUGACCAGCUGGCGUGGGAGCCAGCAGGGCAAGUCCGAGAUGUGUGGAACACCACAGUCUAUCCGACCAUCAUCAAGCCGCUGCUCAAGGACAAUUCCAAAGCGAUUUAUCGCAAGGUGAAGAAACAAGCGCUGUACACCGUCGCCUGCUGGAUGGUCGGCCGAGAAUGGCAGUCAGCGCACCCGGCAGCAGUGAUAAUCUGCGUGAGCAAAAGAGUCACCAAGCAAGCAGUGAAGUUGAUCGAAGAGCAGGACGAGCUCUCUAGAUGGGGGUUCCGCGUCUAUGGGUAUGAGAGCAAGAUCUCAUUGAACAUGGCCACCGCGUUGACCAAAGAACUGGCCGGCACCCCUCAUAUAUGUGGGACCCUGUUUGGAGUUGGAAGCGAGAAUCAAAAAGUACCAACCAAAUUCGCCUCGAUUGGCGGCACCAUCAUCCUGGAUGGGAAAUGCUACGGCGUCACCGUGGCUCAUCCUUUCCUCCUCGACACCUACCAGGAUGAGACCACCGACGAAGACACCAGCAACCUGAGCGACGAUGAAAGCGACGGGUCCGAUGCCGCCAGUGAGUCUGAUUCGGAAGAGAACUUGACUCUGGAGCUGGACACGGCGUUUGUGCCGAAUCAUUUCGAACCAAGUCGUCUGGGUUCGAUUCCACAAGAACAUCGUCCGGACUACUACUCAAGCCACGCGGACUGGGCGUUGCUCGAGCUCGAGACGGACAAGCGAUUAUUAGUCAAUCUCGUCGUCCUUGAUCAAAAGGUCGUCUUCCCUUCCAAGGUUGCGUCAGACUUCCCAAGGGGGCAGCUCUGGGCAGCCAUGGGGACGAAGUCACCAGUGCAAACCAAGGCCUCUGAAACGAUAUGCGGGUUGUUCGAUCCACGCUUCGGGCUUCGAGACGUUUGGGCUGUGCGGAUGGAAUCAGCUCCGGGGGACUGUGGGUCGUGGGUGGUGGACGCCAACAGUGAAUCGAUCUUUGGCGUAAUUGUGGCUGGCAUGGACGCUAAAGACAUCUCCUACGCCCUGCCGGCCAGCGUCGCCUUCCACGAGAUCCGGGAACGCUUCCCCAACGCGCAGUUACCAUCACUGGAACACCCCCUGGUGUUCUGGGAGGCCGUCAAAUGGAAUGCGCCCCAACUUCUCCAGAGAAUCAUCCAUAACAUGAGUCCGGAUAGUCUGAACGCUCGCAACUCCGAGGGCUGGAGCGCCCUGUCUCUGGCUGCAGACCGUGGAUACGAGGAGAUAGUGUUGACUCUGUUGCUGAAAGGUGCUGAUACCGAGUCUCUCAGUCCCAAUGCUGACUGGACGCCGCUGGUCUCAUGGCGCUAUCCCGACCCGGCUGCCGAUAACAAUCACAGCUCUCCAGAUGCAGAAGAAGUAGAAGCACUGAAAGGGUGGGGGGAACUGUUUAAGCGAGGCAAGCCAACACAAAGACUCAGCCAGUUCUUGCGCGGUGUUGCGCUUCAUUUGAUCGAGAAUUACCUACCAGCAGACAGUUUUGUGGUGACCCCAGACAAACUGCAGAGAUUCUACCGCGAGACUCAAGUUCCCGGGGAUCCCUAUCCAUGGCAAGACAUCUUCGAUGACCGCACCUCCCAAAUCUCCAGACUCUUCCGCAGCAUCCAAGCGCAGCACCACCUAGUACAAGACGAGCGACUCGAAGUGCGCCCAGACAUCCCCAGCCUCACAGCCAAGGGCUUCGAGCGAUGGGCAACAGUAAUGAUCCAAGCACACCCAAACCGCGAACACAAACGGUUCCAAAAGCUGCUCCAGAAAACAUCAAUCCUCAACCCGGACAACAAAUCAGACCACUUCCCAACCAAGCUGCCACGCCAGCUCUUCCCCCGUGUAGCGGAUCUGCGUCUGAGAAAUGAGACGACCGAAUCGAUUUCGCGGUUCUGUGCUCUGGACUUGAGUAUAGCCACGCAAUAUCAGCAAUAUCAAGAAGAAGGAGAAGAGAACGAGGCAAAUUAUCUCACGCCACUGGGGCGGGCAGCGCGGAAUGGCCACCUGAAGGUUGUCAGCCUGCUAUGCGGCCAUGGGGCCGAUGCCGAGGCCACGACCACACACGCGCCAUCACCACUGGAACUGGCCGCAAUGAAUGGCCACGAGGGGGUUGUCAAACUCCUCCUGGAACAGGGAGCGUCCCCCGACUUGUCCACAGAGUCGGGACUCACGCCCCAUCGCUUGGCCACUACCCACGGCCACGAGGCGAUUGACAAGGGAAUAAGCUCGGCGCCGAGUGCGUUUUCUUCGCGAGGCAAAACUUUAGUGGAAAACAUUCAACGGCGGCGGGCCAGAGCCCGGGACUAUGAAGGAAUGCCCGCGGUGGGCGGGAAAAAGGGGAUGAGUGUGUCUGAUAACGCCAGGGCCUCGAGUGGCACGAACUGGAGUGAGAAUACCAUGGUGGAAUCGGACUGGAGGAGCUCUGGUUACCAUAGAUGA